UCAGAAAUCCCCACUUUGAGCACAUGCGUGUCCCCGCUAAACCUUCGCGGAAAGCUGUCAAUUGGAGGGACAGCUCCAUGCUGCUGCUGCUGCUGCUGCGGCGCUGAGACCAGCAAACAGUGUCACCGUUCAUGGCAGGCCGCAAGCCGCCAUGACCGAGAUAUAUCCCUCCCUCGCGCAGUGCGCGAUCGUGGCCGCGGCGCUCAAAGUGCUGCUCUUCCCUGCCUACAAAUCUACCGAUUUCGAAGUCCACCGCAACUGGCUCGCCAUCACACACAGCUUGCCCCUGUGGGACUGGUACUACGAAAAAUCGUCGCAAUGGACCCUCGACUACCCGCCCUUCUUCGCCUACUUCGAAUGGAUCAUGUCGCAGGUCGCCAAGCUGGUAGACCCUGCCAUGCUCAAGGUGUACAACCUCGAGUACGAUAGCUGGCAAACGGUCUACUUUCAGCGGUUCACUGUUAUCAUCACCGAGCUGCUCCUCGUAUAUUCUCUACAGCUGUUCGUGGACUCAUCGCACGGUGUGUCGAAACGAGCAGCGCAGGCGGCUGCCAUAUCCAUCCUGCUCUCGCCGGGCCUCUUCAUCAUCGACCACAUCCACUUCCAGUACAAUGGCGUCAUGUACGGUAUCCUCAUCGCCUCCCUGGUCCUGGCCCGGAAGAAAGAAACGCUGCUCUGGAGCGGCCUCCUGUUUGCUGCCCUGUUGUGCAUGAAGCACAUUUACCUCUACCUGGCGCCGGCCUACUUUGUCUUCCUCCUGAGGGCCUACUGCCUCUCGCCAAAAUCCAUAUUCCGGAUCCAGUUCCUCAACUGCGUCAAGUUGGGCGCCGGCAUCGCUGCCAUCUUCGGCGCGGCUUUCGGACCGUUCGCGCUCAAGGGGCAGAUCCGCCAGAUCGCCAGCAGGCUCUUUCCGUUCUCGCGCGGCCUCUGCCACGCUUACUGGGCACCGAACGUGUGGGCCAUGUACUCGUUUGUCGACCGCGUCCUGAUCGUUCUCGCGCCGCGGCUAGGCCUGUCGGUAAGAGAGGAGGCUCUGCAGAGCGUCACGCGUGGGUUGGUCGGAGACACGUCCUUCGCGGUCCUACCGGAGAUUACGCCGCGGACGUGCUUCGCCCUGACGCUCCUCUUCCAGGCGAUCCCACUGCUCAAGCUCUUUGCCCAGUCGACGCCGUCGUGGGAUAACUUCGUCGGCGCCGUCACCCUCUGCGGUUAUGCUUCAUUCCUCUUCGGUUGGCACGUCCACGAGAAGGCGAUCCUCCUCGUCAUCAUCCCCUUCAGCCUCAUUGCUCUCAAGGACCGGCGGCACCUGGGCGCAUUCCGCCCGCUCGCAGUUGCCGGCCAUGUCUCGCUGUUCCCGCUGCUCUUCACCCCGGCGGAAUUCCCUCUCAAGACGGUCUACACCGUGUUCUGGCUUAUCCUCUUCCUGGUAGCCUUCGACCGUUUAGCACCCGCGUCCAGCCGCGCCAGGUUUUUCCUCUUUGACCGUUUCAGCACGCUCUACAUCACGGUCAGCAUUCCCCUGAUCGUGUACUGCUCCCUGGUGCACGGGGUCGUGUUCGGAAAAAGCUACGAGUUUCUGCCCCUGAUGUUCACUAGUUCCUACUCAGCAAUAGGGGUGGUCGGCAGUUGGGUGGGUUUCAUGGUGGUGUACUUCACGUCAUAGUUUUUUAUUUUACUAGGGGAGAUCGAAUGACAAAAGCAAGAAUAGAAUAUGUCAAGAAAAGGAAAAUCAAAUGCUGCAAGGCUGCGAUCUCA